UCGUGCGCGGCCAUAGUAGAAAAUGGCGACCGUAAAGAUUGUGAUGUGAAUUAAACUGUGUGUGGAAACGGUGUACGUAAAGUGAUUUUAAUCGGUUUUUCGCGAAGAACGCGUGGAUCGCGCCGUCUUACUGAAAUGCAAACAUGCAGAAUGAGUCGCAGCAUACGGGUGCCGACGAAUCGAAGUUAGAUAAAGUGAACAACCAGCACGAUAUAGCAGGGAACAUUACUACUUCGUCGACUCCCCAAUCGACGAACUCGACUCCGACCAAGUCUGAAACGGAAACGUAUUCGGAAAAACGCAGAUUCAUGUCGGAAACGUCGGAAAGCGAAGAGGAUUCCGUCUCCGAGGUGGAGUCGUUCAUGAUAGAUCAGGAGUUCGAAGACGACCCCCAAGUGGAGGCGGCCAAAUUCCUGCUCAACCCGGAUGAAGACAGGGCCGUCGACCCUGAAACGCAGGCCCGACUCGAGGCCCUCCUGCAGGCCGCAGGCAUAGGCCAGCUGACCGCCAAAGACGGCAAAGCCUUGGGUGACCCGGAGGUCCUGCGGCGUCUCACCUCGAGUGUGUCCUGCGCCCUGGACGAAGCCGCGGCUGCGCUCACGCGCAUGCGCAGCGAUAACGCGGGCGGCACUUCCGGCAACGGAUCAGCGGGUGGCGGUGGUCGACCCCAGACUGCCGGUGGAAACGGCGGAACUGUUCAGCCCCCCGCCGAGAAGACCUCUUUGGUGGAAGCGUGCACCGACGGAGACGUCGGCACCGUCAAGAAGCUGCUCACCGAGGGCAGGUCGGUGCACGAGACCAGCGAGGAAGGGGAGAGCCUUCUGAGUUUGGCGUGCAGUGCAGGGUACUUUGAGUUAGCUCAGGUACUGUUGGCGAUGCACGCGAACGUGGAAGAUAGGGGCAUCAAGGGGGAGUGCACCCCACUUAUGGAGGCUGCUUCCGCCGGCCACCUGGAUAUCGUUAGGCUUUUGGUCCAUCACGGUGCCGACGUCAACGCUCAGUCCACUUCCGGAAACACGCCACUUAUGUACGCGUGCGCGGGCGGGCACACCGACGUCGUUAAGUUCCUUCUGGAGAAUGGUGCGAACGUGGAGGACCACAACGAGAACGGCCAUACGCCGCUGAUGGAGGCUGCCAGCGCCGGUCACGUAGGUCUCGCGAAGAUCCUGCUGAUGCACGGUGCCGGUAUCAACACCCACUCGAACGAGUUCAAAGAAUCGGCUCUGACGCUGGCCUGCUACAAAGGACACCUGGACAUGGUUCGGUUCCUGCUGGAGGCCGGCGCGGACCAGGAACACAAAACCGACGAGAUGCACACCGCCUUAAUGGAAGCGUCCAUGGACGGGCACGUCGAGGUCGCCAGACUCCUCUUGGAUUCGGGGGCGCAGGUAAACAUGCCUACCGAUAGUUUCGAGUCCCCGCUAACCCUAGCGGCGUGUGGGGGUCACGUGGACCUCGCGAUGCUCCUAAUCGAACGUGGAGCCAACAUCGAGGAGGUCAACGACGAGGGCUACACCCCGUUAAUGGAGGCAGCGCGGGAAGGUCACGAGGAAAUGGUUCACCUGUUGCUCGGACAAGGUGCCAAUAUCAAUGCCCAAACCGACGAAACCCAAGAGACGGCGCUGACGCUGGCGUGCUGCGGGGGUUUCACAGAGGUGGCCGAUAUCUUACUGAAAGGGGGCGCGAACAUCGAACUGGGCGCGUCCACGCCCCUAAUGGAGGCCGCGCAGGAGGGCCACCUCGAUCUCGUGCGUUUCCUGCUGGAAUACGGCGCGAACGUGAACGCGGUGACGCAGACGAACGACACUGCUUUGACGUACGCGUGCGAGAACGGCCACACGGACGUUGCCGAUCUCCUUCUGCAAUACGGGGCCGAUCUCGAGCACGAGUCCGAGGGAGGGCGCACGCCUCUGAUGAAGGCGUGCCGAGCGGGCCACCUCUGCACCGUCCAGUUUCUCAUCUCGAAGGGCGCAAACGUGCGCAAGCAGACCACCAACAACGACCAUACUCCGCUGUCGCUGGCCUGCGCGGGCGGCCACCUCACCGUUGUCGAGCUGCUACUCGGCAACAACGCCGAUCUGAACCACCGGUUAAAGGACAAUUCAACGAUGCUGAUAGAGGCGGCGAGGGGCGGGCAUACGAGCGUCGUCAAGCUCUUGCUCGACUAUCCGCAUUCUAUUCAACCGAUCAUGCUCAAUCAGCACCAGCAACAGCCGGCGACCGCGGCCACUAACCUGUCGAUGCUCCCCGGCCAGGUCGGGAGUCGCGACUCCCCGGUGCCGCCCGGGGGGGCGAUACCGCCCAAUCUGCCGGCCGCCUCGUUCUUCCAACCGCCGGCUGCGGUGCUCCAGGAAGUUCCCGAGGCGGUGCGUAUCGUGCAGCAGGUCGAUAUUAACAGCCCGACGAUCGAGGUAAACGCUAAACAACAGAUUCAGCAGGCCGGUCAGAGGUCUGCCACGUCUGCCACUGGCAUCGGCGGAGAGCAGGUUCAGCAGCCGAAGAGCGGCGGCCGCAAAUCGAUACUGCCGAAGAGUCGGUCGACGGGCGCCAUGUUCGAUGGAACGCUGACGUCGGCGGAAGUUCAGCAGGUGCGCACUCCGCCGCUCAGCGACUUCGAGGAGGAAGUGUUUUCCGCGACCGAGUUCCUCAACAAGGAGGAUCCCAACGGAACCCUCCUGGACUUCAUCAAAAACCGGAAGAAGUUCAUCUCUGAUCCGGACGGGAACACCCAGAAGCAGCAGAUCUUGGAGGAAUUGCACCGGGUGGAACGGGAGUUGCACGGAAAACAGCAGCAGCAGCAACAGCAGGCGGCUCAUAACCAUAUUUUCCAGUACGCGAUACCUCAGGAUCAGUGCCAGUCGACGGGCAACCCCAACGGUCUACCACUGCCGCUCAAUUUCGACAUCGCCAUUCAGCAACAGAAGCAGCAACAAGGCAACCCGAGCAGCAGCGACCAACUACUUCAAGUCCCUUUCUAUGCAGGAAUCGCCACGCCGCUGCCAUCGCCGUCCGGUCUCAAGCUCGCCGGUGAAACCGCCUACAACCAACCGCCGCCGCCCGGGCACCAACCCCAGCAACAACAGCCCGCGUUUUAUUUCGCGCCGUUGGCGGCGGCGGCGGCGGCAACGACUGCCACCUCGACCGGCGUUAGUUUACCCGCCACGCCCACCACCGUCAAUAACGUGAUAACUGGACCCGCGCCCGGCCUCGGCACCCUCGUGUCCGCGUCUUCGAUAGCGCAACCAAUCAAGUUCCAGAGCGUCGGCGAAGUCAGCCAGAACACGGCCAUCAACGAUCGUCCCAAGGUGAAGCCGAUCAAGAAGGAGGGCAAGAACAUCAGGAAGCAGCAGCAGCAGCAGCAAAUUGCGCUGACCCAGUCCCCGCCUCAGGCGAAUAAUCCUGCACCGCCCAAGCCGUUCAAUCUGUUCGCCGACCAACAGAUCCAGAUGUUCAGACAGCUGCAGAUCCCACCCCAGCAGCAGCAGCAGCGAGCGCAGCAGUGCCCGAAGAUGGACGCGAAGACGCAGGAGCUGCUCAGCGUGCAAGACCUGGACGUGCAGUUUCUCAAGGAGGAUCAGCAGGAGAGCUUGCUGACUGCCUCGAUAUUGCAGCAGUUCCACAACACUUCGAUACCGUUCAUACGAGCCGCGUCGGUCGGCUCUCCGCAGAAAACGCGGCUGGAAGUGUACGAUCCGUCGCAGGACGGCGGCGGCAAAGUGACCAAGCUCGAACUCAGCGAAAAGGACUUUUCGUCGGUGGACGACAUGGUGCAGACGCUCGAGGUGCAGCCCUAUCCCGCCGCUCUCGACGAGUCGAUGAUCGCUUCGCUGACGGCCGCGCAGCAGGCGGAUCUGCAAGCGGCCGCGGCAGCUGCUGCCGCCGCUUCCGCCGCCGCCCCCGGCGAUCUCCAACGUGUAGAAUAUUUCGCGGUACCGGCGCCCGGGGGUCCGGCCGGUGCCGCUGCCCAGGUACCGGUCCACGCUCUCUAUCCGUACGAGCACUAUUUGGCCGCCGGUAUGGCCCCUGGCUUGCCCAAAGAUCAGAUCUACCAGGCGGGUUUCCAGGCUGGCUACAGCCUCAUGCAGCAGCAGCUGGCUUGCCCUCCCAACGUGACGACCAACGAAUCGUUGUCCACUACCGCGAGCAUAGUACCGACUUCUGCAGCCCAGCAGCAGCAGCAGUAUAUGACGCCGGUGACGCAGGUCGCGUGCCCUGGUCAGCAGCAGGGCGGCGUCGUCGUCCAGGGUCAGCAGCAGCAACAGCACCACUGCCAGCCGUGCGGUCAGCAUCAGCAGCAACAGCAACAGGGCAGCAAUCAGGUACAGGCCGCCACUCAAACAUUGCAGACGACGGUCGCGAACUGCGCGGACGGGAAGAAAAUGCAAAAGGUAUCAGAAAUGAAGUUCAAGAAAGGACGCGCGCUGCGACACCAAAGCCAAGGCGCGUCGAAUUUCCAACAGCAACCCGAUCAGAACUACCAGAUCGAUCACAAUUCGGCCAUCACACAGUACAGCGGCGGCGGCGGCGGCGGUGCCGCCAACGGCACCCGCCACGGCAACAACAUCGUCAUCACCCCGAUCGACCUCGACUCGCAGACCGACAGCAACCACGACACCGCGCUCACGCUGGCCGCGUCUGGCGGUCACGACGAGCUGGUCGAGUUGCUCGUCAGUCGGGGCGCUGACAUUGAGCACCGCGACAAGAAGGGUCUGACGUCGCUGAUUUUGGCGGCCACCGGUGGCCACGAGAAGGUCGUCGAGGUGCUGCUCAACCACAACGCGGACAUCGAGGCGUACUCAGAGCGGACCAAGGACACCGCUUUGAGCUUGGCCUGCAGCGGGGGGCGGUACGAGGUGGUGGAACUGCUGUUGACCAGGCAGGCCAACAAGGAGCACAGGAACAUCUCCGAUUACACACCGUUAAGCUUGGCCGCGUCCGGCGGCUACGUCAACAUCAUCAAGCUGCUGCUGAGCCACGGAGCCGAAAUCAACUCACGCACCGGCUCGAAACUCGGCAUAUCGCCGCUGAUGUUGGCGGCGAUGAACGGCCACACGGCGGCGGUGAAACUGCUGCUCGACAUGGGCAGCGACAUCAACGCCCAGAUCGAGACGAACCGGAAUACGGCCCUGACGCUGGCCUGUUUCCAGGGCCGGCACGAGGUCGUCAGCCUGUUGCUGGACAGGAAGGCGAACGUCGAGCACCGGGCCAAGACGGGGCUCACGCCCCUCAUGGAGGCCGCGUCCGGUGGCUAUGUCGAUGUCGGUAGAGUCUUGCUGGACAAAGGGGCGGACGUGAAUGCGACGCCCGUGCCAUCGUCACGAGACACCGCGCUGACCAUAGCUGCGGACAAGGGCCACGUUCGCUUCGUCGAGCUGCUGCUGUGCCGCGGCGCACAAGUCGAGGUGAAAAACAAAAAAGGCAACUCGCCGCUGUGGCUCGCCGCCAACGGCGGACACUUGCCGGUCGUCGAGCUCCUCUACAACGUCAACGCAGACAUCGACUCGCAGGACAACCGCAAGGUGUCGUGCCUGAUGGCCGCGUUCCGCAAAGGUCAUGUCAAGGUGGUCAAGUGGAUGGUGCACCACGUCACCCAGUUCCCGAGCGAUCAGGAGAUGAUGCGCUACAUCGCGACCAUCAGCGAUAAAGAGCUGCUCGAGAAGUGCCACGAAUGUGUCAAGAUCAUACGGGCCGCGAAGGAGACGCAGGCGGUCAAGGCGAACAAGAACGCCUCUAUUUUAUUGGAGGAGCUCGAAUCCGAAAAGACGCGGGAGGAGAGCAAACGAUUGGCGGCGGCGAAGCGGCGCGAACGCAAGAAGAAGAAACGGUUAGAGAAGAAAGAGGAGCGCAGAAAGUUGCUCGAGGAGAACAAGAAAAACGAAAACUACGACGAGAAACAGGAGGAGAAGAUUGAGGAAGAGGAGAAGGUGGAGGAGGAAGAUAGCGUGCCGGAAGUCGGUCACAAUCAGCGGAACGGUGCGGCGGACAGCAAUGACAAGGAGGAAGGGGACAGCGGGAUCGACGCCAACAGUCAAGGCAGCUGCUCGAGCAACGAUAUCAAAGCGCCGAAGGAGAAGCGCAAAAAUAAGAAGAACAAAAAAGUGAGCAGUAGCGCGGCUGCUGCAGCGGCCGCCGCCGCGGCGGCGACGGUCAAGAAAGACUCGAUAGAACAGACCCCCACCGCGAGAACCAAGCCGGGUUCCAGCAAGGAGAGCGAGAUUAAUCCACAGGCGGAAGCUGAGAAGCAGGAAAAGGACAAGGGGACGAAGGGCGCGGCGAGAAAAUCGGCGGUUGGCGGCGUCCAGAACGAGGUCAAGGCCGUAAAAUCGAUCUCGUUCGAGGCGAGCACCAAGUCGCCCGCCGAGAGGGACGAUUUCGAAGCUACCGGCAACGAGGUGUACGUGUCGUCGAGCAAGGUGAAAAAGUCGGAAGACAACCCACCGCCGCAGUCCAACAAGGGGGGCGGGUUGAGCACCAGCCCCAAGCAAUCGUCUAAACGCGAGGAGGGCUGGAAGGAGGUGGUGCGAAAGUCGUCGGUGCAGACGGUGUCCGAGUCUGGGGUGAAGAAGGUGUCGGUACCGCUCAAUGCUAUCUCGCGCGUCAUCGGUAGAGGCGGGAGCAACAUCAACGCCAUCCGGGCGUACACCGGCGCCCAUAUCGAGGUCGAGAAGCAGAGCAAAGGUCAGGGCGAGCGCAUCAUCACCAUCAAGGGAUCGACCGAGACGACCAAACAAGCGCACAACCUCAUCACUGCCCUCAUCAAAGAUCCGGAAGUCGAUAUCAUGUCGAUGGUACCGAAAACGUCCAAGAGUUCCGUUUCGACCACUACACUCUGGGACAAGACCCAAAUAGCGACUAAGAAAAACGCGGGUAAGGUGGCGUCGGCCGCGCAGUCCGCCGGUUCGUCGUCGUCGUCGUCGGCUGGUGGUCAUCCCAAGUCUUCGACGCAGACAGCUGCCGGUUCCGCCCAGUCCGGCGGCAGGUUUAACAGCUCCGCGUCGACGGCCAAGUACCGGACUUCGGCGCCGGGCGUCGCUGGUCGCGUCACCGCCCCCAGGUUGGUCGCCCAGGCGGAGAAGAACGCCCAGGCGCAAGCGAACCUCAUUAGGAUGCCCCCCUCCUCCACUGCCCCUGCGAGUCGACUCGCCCUAGCCAAGGUCGUCCAGCAAACGUUCGCCGCAAAAGUGACAGAAGCGUUGGGCGGCAACCAGGCUACGUCGAGCAACCCCGCCCCGCCAGUCUCCGGCGCCGCUGCCAAGUCGAGAGUGUUGGCGGCGCCGCCAGUUUCCUCGGGCGGUUCGUUGUCGCCUCAGCCGCCGACCGUCGUAGCCGCCGCCUCCCUAAAUCACCAAAAUUCGCCGAACAAGAACGCCCGACCCGCGCCGACUGCUUCGGCCCCUCCUACAAUGCAGCAUUUCCAUACCCCGUCCGCUAAGCCGCAGUCCCAGACCGGGUUCGGCACGGUCGGGCAGCAACAAAACCAACCCGCGUCGGCCGCGAGCGACGUCGGUACCGUCAUUUCCGCCUCCAGCGUUAUACAUCCGGUAAUUCAACAGCAGCAGCAAGAGGAACCGAUUCCGCAGCCGUUGCAGACGACUUCCGAGUACACCCUGUUCUGCAGCGCCGACCACUGGAACAGGCGUGAGCAGGAGCAACAGAAGCCGAUUAAUUUCGCGGCCGUUACCGGCGGGGGCGGCGCCGCUCAAAGCGUAAACCAGCACAAGUUUAUCGAUCAAGAACCGCCGCCGCAGGUGGACGCGUCGAAAGCGCCCGGAUACCGGGGCGUGGCGGUAUGCUCGCCCGUCUCCUCAAAGGCGAGCAGCAACAGCACGACGCCGCCCAAUUUGUCGGCCAACAGCUCCUUCCAAACCUACCAGGAGCCUUCCAAGCCGCAAAAUCCGUUGCCGCCGAUCGGCAGCAGGCCGCAGGUCACGCAGAACCCGACCGCCGGUCAAGACUUUAUGGCGUUCAUGGACUUCAAGGCCGCGAACAUCCUCAACCUGAACCACGAGCCGCAGCUGCUCCAUAGCUCCUUCAACCCCAUCCAGAACCUAAGCUUUUCGCAGCCCCAGCAGCAGUCGGCGAACAUGUCCCGACUGAACCCGAAAGCGCCCGAAUACUCGUACAGCUCGGUCCAGACGAAACCGGCGCCGCACAACGUCUACAACGGCUACCAGAUGAAUAUGCAGAACAACGUGUUCGUGAUGAAAGGCGCGAUGGACAGCUUCCACCGGGGCAGCGGUCUGGCCGGCUCCUCGUCGCAGAACCGGUCGUGGAUGCAGAUCCCGCCCCCGUUCACCCAGCAGCAAUCGGAGCAACUAAUCAGCGGCCUCGCCGGCAUGACGAUCCAGAACCUGCACGCGAAAUUCCAGAGUUCCGAGGGUCUGGAGAACGGCGCGGAACUCGGCAUGGUCCACAGUUCGCCGAACAUGUCGCCGAAUAUGGCCGCGCAGCCGCAUCCUCUCCAUCCGGACGCGGGCGGCCAUUUCGUGCUCGAGGAGAGGAAACCACCUCAACCGAUCGGAACCGAGAGGGCGCGCAAGGCGUACAACAGCGCCAUCGAUCAGAAUUGGGCGCUGAACGACAACAAGCAGGCGAAAUGGUCCGGCAACUUGGCCGAGUUCGGGAUGAGGCCGCCGAUGUACGCCGAAGAUGCGACGGUCGACUUUCCGAGGCCCAUGCAGAUGGACAACUUUAUGAACGGGCCGCAGUACUUCCACCAGCCGCCGUUGGCCAACAUCCGGCACGAUUUUAUCCCCGACAUGCCGAAGCUCGACCUCCCGUCUUGGGACAACACCCGUCCGCUAUCGGACUUGCAGGAUAAACAGCACGGGUGGACCAACCAGUGGAACAAGUAACCGCAAAAGACCGAACUAACACACCCAGAAACCCACAACUAUAAGCGUCAUUCUUAAAGUUAAGUCCAAAAAGUCAUUACCUACGAAAAUUAGCUUUUACUCGUGAUUUUCGGAAUACCACUUUCGUCGUAGUAGCGCGAGAGAGAGAAACCUCUAGCUCUAGUUACGUAAAAAUUUCGAUCGUUUACGGUAUGGCGUGGCGGCCCUAUAUACAGGCCCGAUAUUGACAAUUGUAACCCACAUAUAGUCCUCUCUGAGUAUCGCAUUUGGUGUAAAUAAAAAAAAAAGCUACCCACGCGAUUCGUUGUACCCUAGAAUUAUUGUUUUCGUUUCGUCUUCGGUCCGCUUAUAGUUUCGAGAAAGUACCGAUUGUGAAAGAGGGAGAGAGAGGAGCGAGCGAGAAAUCGAGAGAAAGGCGGGGCUCCCCACAAGACAUUAGACGUUCUAAAUAUAAACUAAACAUAAUGUAGUAGUCGCGCAUAUAUAAACAAAGGUCCAGGGAUUUGGCAUUAGGGACAAGUUUCAGUACUUGCGAUUGUUGUUCUCUAAUCGAAUAUAUUUUAUUUUUAUUUUUUUCCUUUUUCCUACUACCGAGCUGGGUGCCCGCACGGCCGGGUGCCGGCGAGGCGGGGCCGCUGCCCCUCCCGCGCGUUAUCGUAGGGUUAUUACUAUUAUAUUACGGAAUAUUAUGUAAUAUUGCUUGUACAUGAAGACUUAAAUAUAUCUUUAUGCACUGUA